AAGGGUUUUGCGUUCUCAAUUGCUCCUAUUUGAUUCUCACGCUCUCUUUGGGACUUCUCCCUUUUCUUCUUCUCUUUGCCCAAUUUUCCAUCUGUUUUCAUAUUCGGCAAUUGGGUUCACUUCCUAUUUUUAUUUCGACUUAGAACGAGACCUUUUGGACCCUUCUAUCGUCUUCAGCUUAGGGUUUUUUUAGGGUUUUCUGAUCCGCACCAUCAAAUUGAGUCUAUUCUUUCUUCGAUUCGGGUGAAGAAAUCUUCGAACGAUGCCUCCGAGAGUGGUGAAGAGAGGGGCUGCGGCAAAGAGAGCUACGAGGGGAUCCUCAAAAACUGCACCUGAAAAACAACAGCAACAGCAGCACGAGCCUGAAGCUGCAGAAGUGGUUGCGGUGCAUCAUGAAGAAAAUCCAGUUGUUGAUGUUGGGGUGGAAGAGAAGCCCAAUGAUGUGAAUCAAUUGGCUCCAGAAGCUGGGACAGUGCCUAAUGGAUCGGCUGUGGUGGAAAACAAUGAAGGGGAGGUUAAGGAGUCCAUAGAUGAAUAUGAAAAAGAUGAACACUUAGAUUUGGAGGAUAAUUAUCCUGAGUAUGAACCUGAGGAGUAUGGUGGUGUUGACUAUGAUGAGAAGGAAAUUGAACAAGAUGAAGGUGGUCAGGAAGUGGGAGAUGAUGUAGAGGAAGAACCUGAAGAGAAUGUUGGUGAGGAAGAGGGUGAUUCAGGGGAUGAAGAAGUUGAAUAUGUUUAUGAAGAAGUUGAGGAUGACAAUGAUGAUGAACAUGAAAAUGGUGGUGAGGAGUAUGAGCAUGAGCAUGACAAUGCACAGAUGGCUGACGUGGAGGAAGCGGAACACCGUGAAGUUGUAAAGGAGAGGCAAAAGCGGAAGGAAUUUGAAGUAUUUAUUGGGGGCCUAGAUAAGGAUGCUACUGAACAUGAUUUAAGGAAGGUUUUCAGUAAAGUUGGAGAGGUUACUGAAGUCAGGUUGAUGAUAAAUCCCCAGACUAAAAGGAACAAGGGAUUUGCUUUCUUGCGUUUUGAAACUGUUGAGCAAGCAAAAAGAGCCGUGGCAGAGCUAAAAAAUCCAGUGAUUAAUGGCAAACAAUGUGGUGUUAGUCCCAGUCAGGACAGUGAUACACUCUAUUUAGGUAACAUAUGCAAGACUUGGAAAAAGGAAGCUUUAAAGGAGAAAUUGAAACGUUAUGGAGUUGAAAAUGUGGAGGAUUUGACUUUAGUAGAAGAUGAUAACAAUGAGGGAAUGAACCGUGGAUUUGCAUUUUUGGAGUUUUCAUCUCGCUCAGAUGCUAAGGAAGCCUAUAAGCGAUUGCAAAAGAGAGAUGUUGUGUUUGGAGUUGAUAAGCCUGCAAAGGUUUCCUUUGCAGACUCCUUUAUUGAUCUGGGUGAUGAAAUUAUGGCACAGGUUAAAACUGUAUUUAUUGAUUCACUACCUCCUUCGUGGGAUGAGGAUUAUGUGCGGGAUGUUCUUAAGAAAUACGGAGAUAUUGAAAAAAUUGAGCUCGCUAGGAACAUGCCAGCUGCUCGGAGGAAGAAUUAUGGAUUUGUUACAUUUAGUACUCAUGCUGCUGCUGUGGAAUGCGCUGAUAGCAUUACCAGUGCAGGGUUAGGUGAAGGUGACAAAAAGGCAAAAGUUAGGGCUAGAUUGUCACGGCCUCUUUCAAAACCUCCUCACCGUGGAAAACAUGUUAAUCAUGGGGGCUUCCGUUCUGGCCGCAAUUCUGGAAGUUUGGUAAGGCCUUCACAGCGUCGACCUGCACCACGUAGUCUUCCUGCCCAUGUAGUGAGAGGAGUUGGAAGUCGUAUUCCACCAGUUAGACCUGUUGGUGUGAGAAACAGACGUUCUGUCAUGUCCAUGCAAGAAAGAGCCAGGCCAGUGGCUCCUCCAGUUAGAUCCUAUGACAGGAGAUUCACUGCUCCUGCAUAUCCAAAAAGUAGUGGGAAGAGAGAUUAUAGUCGACGUGAGGAUCUACCUCCUCCGAGAAGUAGAGUUGCUGCAGAUUAUGGCUCUAGGGUGGCUUCUCAAAGGCACACAUCUUAUAGGGAUUAUCCAACCCGUGGCUCUGACUAUUCUGAGGUGCAUAGAAGUACAUCUCGUGCUGCACCAAAGAGAGGUUAUAUUGAUCAUGGCUAUGGCCAAAGAUUUGAGAGGCCUCCUCCUCCUCCCCAUCUAAGUUACCGUGAAGGACGCCCCCGUGAUUAUGACACUCUAUCUGGCUCGAAACGUCCUUAUGCUGCCAUAGAUGAUGUUCCUCUACGGUAUGAUACUGGUACUCGCCAGUCAAGAUCUCGUUUGGAUUAUGACUAUGGAGGUAGUGCUUCACAGUAUGGAGAUGCUUAUGGUGAUAGACUUGGAAGAUCUAGUCUUGGAUAUAGUGGCAGCAGAAGUUCUACUUCUAAUCAAGACUUACAUGGGACAUAUGGCAGUCGACAGGGCACGAGUUACAGCGGAGGUUCAUUUGGUUGUAGUGAUGGUGGUAUGUACUCAUCAAGCUAUGGUGGUGAUUACAUAUCCCGUGGAAGUGAUGUUGGUGGCCGUUCAUAUUCAUCCAUGUAUUCUGGCAGGGGUGUGGCUGGUAGCAGCAGCAGUUAUAUGAGUGGUGGUGGAUCUGGGUCUUAUUAUUGAGGUUAGUCUGCUAACUCUUUGCCAUUGCAUUUCGUGUGAAGUACAUGUCGAAGCACCAAAAUAUGUUAAUAUCUUUCUGAGAGAUUUCUCUAUCCUCAAAUGGCAUCUCCAAUAUUUUUCCGUAAGGGAUGGCUGGUGAUGAUUGCACACCUGGUCACUAGUGAAUUUGUCUAUGAACAGAUCUAAAUAUAAUAAAGAGGCUGCUGUAGGAUGUGGACUUUGAAGCUUGUGCUCAUAAUGAUGCCUACUGUUUGGAGACAAAGGAACAUUGCUAAGUAAUAGCAUGGUUGGGAGUUUAUCACAAAUCAAGGGUUACGCCGAUUCAAGUCUUCUAUCAGUGGACAUAUUUUGAGUUCUUGACUUUGUGCUGUAAGUACUGAAUUUGAAAUGGAAAGAGAAGUGCUGAGCAAGUGAUGUAAUUAAACUUCAUUUUAUAAGGCUCCCAUAUGGGUGGGUAAUGUGAAAGAUCACUCCAUAUCCUGUUCAUUUGGAAAGAAACAACACCCCAGAUAUUACUUUAUGGUUAAGGAUUAUUGGAUUUUUACCUGCUGUCAAAAAGUUGGUCUUUUUCCUCCCAACAGAGAUAUAUUGCUACUCUUUGGAUUGCUUAUAUUUUUGCCAGUGCCAUGAUCAUGAACAAGAGUGAACUACCCAGCACUUUGUGGAGCUACCAUUGGUAGUAGUAACAUGAGCAACUACUUCAGCACUAAAUAAAGGAAAGAUCAUGAUAUAGUAACAUCCUAGGAAGCAUGAUGCACAGAUAAUUUGUGUUGCUGAAGUGUUUCUAACAUGAUAUUUUGUACUGAGGGGGAGGGGGGGAGAGGGGGUGGGGGGGUUACAAGAUGCAAACGGAGCAUCACAUCUUUUUCCUUAAGAUUGUUUACUUGGUCCUCUCGGAAAUUUUCUCUUUGUGAUGCAAUUGUUUUUGCACACUUCGAUACUAUCAAAUUGCAUUAUGUCGGAAAACCAUUUGUUCUAUGCUAUAUCGUCGGAAAGUGCAACUUUACAGAAUUGUAAAGUAGCUGAAAUCGCUUAAUAUCAUCUGUGACUAACAAGUUUUGAGUUUUGACAAUUUUUGGAAGUUGGCACUUUAAGCCCAGGUUAUACCCUGCUUGAUUUAGCAGAACUCAUGCCCCGAUGGCAAACUGAACUAACCUAAAUAUCACUCCAGAAGUUUAUUUUCAUGGACUCCGACUCAUGAUAUUCUUUGUUGUCCAGUUGGCUAUUUAGUUUUUGACUCUCAUACGAUAUUAUCUGUCUUUGAGAAGAAUACUAUUUUAGUAUUGAUGUUUGGAGUCGUAGAAAGCACUGGGACUGAUGCCUGGGAAAUGAGAAUGUUAGAUUAAUGACUCCCUUACACAAAGGCUUAGGAUUUUAUUUUUUUAACAUUUUAACUGCCUGUCAAAAUUGGUUCUUCAAUACACUGCAGUUGCAGGUGUUGCCUCUCAUCAAGUUAUUUGGUAGUGUCAGGUUCUGCAUUGCUUUUGUUGUUCAAUCUGCCAUAAUGAUUUGAUUUUAUGAAUUUUGUAGAUUCUUUCAUGCAUGUCGUUGUAAUUCUAGGUAAAGUAGCAACACAUAUUUCCAAUUCACAAAUCUUAUAAUGUGGUUAUAUGCAACACUCGAGCGUUUGUUUCCAAGGUUAUUUUGUAACUAGGGAAUGAGGUUUUUCAAACGAAUUCCUAGUCACAUUUAUUUUUACAAGACUGUUAAAUUUUUACAUGCUUGGUGACAUACAACUCUUGAUGAUUAUGUUUGGUUUUAAUGAGAUACAAUGCAUGGUUGGCUUUGUUCAAUUGAUAUUUUGUAGUUAAUGUUUGACGUAAUUUGUGAAAUGGUGUAGUAUGUAAGAAAGGUCCAUUUAAUAUACUGAAGGUUGAUCUCAUGUAACCCAUUCAAGUGAAUAUUAUACUGGAAUGUGCGAUGUAAAAUUGAUCCACAACUAUUAAAAGUAAGCAUGAUCAUUGAAAUGUCCGUGUCUCUGUUACUCGUGUAAACUUUGUUUCAUGAAUAGGUUCGGUCUAGUGUUGUGUUUUCUAAGUGGUUCCUUCUUUUUUGGUAUGUAUCUUAUGACUUAAGGUUAAAUAUUAAGUUCUU